AUGCGGCAGCUAGCCGAGGCCGACACUGGCACCGAAUCGCCACGUCUUCCGGCGGAGAUCAUCUUUGACAUUUGCGGUUACUUCACCGUCAACCCGCACGACCCAGCAAAGGGAUACGAUGUCAGCCCUUGCACAAGAGACAACAUCCGCACACUCCGACAACUCUCCCUGACUUGCCGGGGCAUUCACGAUGUCGUAACCCCGACACUGUACGGUUCCAUCUAUAUCACGGGCCCCAUGACCGAUCCUCACAUUCCUUUACCGACCCACUGUCAGAAUCCAGGCGCCGAAACGCUCGCUUAUUUCCUUCGGACGAUUUUGAGCAAUGCAAAGCUGCGUCAAUAUGUCAAAGAUCUUGCUUGCUUGAUCGACCUUAGGGACACGUGCCAGUUCAAGGAGCAAAUGGACACCCUGAACAAAGACUACGGUUUGGUUUCGAGGCCGCCUUCGGAAUGA